AUGGCGGGAGUUCACAAAAUGGCCGCUGUGAUAUUGUUCCUGAAUGCAUUACUAUUUGUAAAUUGCCACAGAGAUGAUGCCAGUGAUGCCUCAUCUGAUUCUACAUCUAGUGAGCAUGCUGAUUUUACAGCCGUACCAGACAGGACGCGAAACGGCCGGCGCAGUCAGAAGAAAGAAUGGCAGUACGAAGGACUCCCGAUCGACAUUCCGAAGCGCAGAGCUGAUCCCCCCACCACCACCACUACCACGACUCCAACUACCACCACAACAGCAGUCUACCCUCCUCUCAACCCUCGCUUCCGACGCAUCUACAACCCUGACGAGCGCGCGUCCAUCGACGAGUACCCAUUUCUGGCUGCGGUGCUCGUCAACAAGGAGCUGUGGUGCGGCGGCGUCAUCAUCGACCGCGAUAGAGUCCUCACCGCUGCGCAUUGUCUGCAACUGCAAUACAACAACCGCUUCUUCCGCGAGUAUGUCAAGAUGCUUACCGUCAGAGUAGGAUCCACCAACGCUACUGCUGGAGGGGAAGUGUUGAAGGUAGUGGGCAUCACCUUCCAUCCAAACUACAAGCCGUCGACCCUGGAGUUCAACGCAGCCGUGCUGCAGCUCCAUAAAAACCUGACCUUCGAGACUCGGGAGCCCUACUUCGUAACCAAGACACCGUACGCCCGAGAAAAUGCCAUUGCUGUUGAUAAUACCGUCGUAUUCCUUGGAUGGGGCUCUGUGCUGGGUGGAGGAGGCACAGGUGGGUCUGUGCUGUUACAAAAGGUGGAAUUGCCGGUGUAUGACUUCUCCGACUGCCAGCAGAUCUAUGGAAAAGUUCUCCUGACACGCACUAACUUCUGUGCUGGAUACAUAACUCUACCUAAGAACGUCUGCAAUCACGACGCGGGCGGCCCGGCGAUCCUGGAUGGCGUGCUGGUGGGCAUCCUGUCGUAUUCGUCCAAGCGCUGCGACCAGCCGGACCAGCCCGCCGUCUUCACGUCUGUUGGAGCGCUGUCGCCCUGGCUCGACGACCUCAACGAGCCCAAACCACGGUGA